UUUGAAUAGUACAAUGUAAUCUUAUUCUGGCAAUACUUCAUAUCCACUCCAGGCCAGAUAUCUUUUCCAACCCGAUGGCACAACCAUCUCCCACCUCCGCACAGCCCGCGCAGCUCUGCGUCACCGCCGAGGAUGAGCUCUUCGACGAGGAGUUCCUGCAGACCUGGCGCCGAGAAGGCUUCCAGGUAACCUACAUUCCCUUCCAAAGCGACCGGAAGAGCUACAUCGCGGCGCUAGAUGCCGUCAAGCAUGGCCUGCGCGUGAGCGAGGUGUACGCCAUCAUCAGCUUCGGCGACGCAGCCUCCUUCUGCCUCACGCACUACCUCAAGCUCCCCAACACCAACAAGCUCUGCGCGCUGAUCGCCUACUACCCGACCGCGAUCCCCGGCCCGGCCAGCCAGUACCCGGCCUCGAUGCAGGUGCUCGUCCACCUCGCCAACCAGACCGUCAACGUCCAUUACCCGCCCUCGAAGACGAGCCACAAGGCCACCGUCGUGCGGAAGCAGGUGGGGCCCGGCGUGGGGAUCGGCGACCGCCUGGCGCUGGGGUACCCGGCCUUCUCGUACGUGGGCGCGCUGCCGGGGUUCGCGGAGCAUGAUCUCGAAGAGUACAGCCGGAUCCCGGCGCAGGUAGCGUGGAGUCGCACGCUGGGGGCGCUGCAGCGGGGGUUUCGGCGAGUCGCCGCGGUGGAUUUGGAGAGGGUCUGGGAUGAGAUGCAGGAGGCACGAUAUUUCUCCCCCAACGAAGCAGCCCUCCUUCCCCCUCCCCCUCCUCCAGAAUCCGAAGCCAACACAGCCGCCAGCCCACCCCCAUCAGCCCUCUAUACCCCAACCCUGCAAGGCGCAACCGGCCACAACCCGCUGCAGGACUUCUACGCGACAAACUUCCACGCCCAUAGACCCGCCUCCAUGCGCCUGCAGCUGCUCUCCCGCACCGUCGGCGCCGACCGCGUCGUCGACGAGGUCCUCAUCACCUUCCUGCACUCCCAGCCGAUGGACUGGAUCCUGCCGGGCGUGCCGCCCACCCACCGCGAAGUCAAGAUCGUGGUCGUGAGCAUCGCGCGCCUGUGCAGCGGGGACGGCCGGCUGUAUUCCGAGCAUGUCUACUGGGAUCAGGCGAGUGUGCUGGUGCAGGUGGGUCUGCUGGAUCCUGGUGUGGUGCCGGCGGGGUGGCCAAGGGUGCAGCGGGUCCCGGUUGUGGGCGGGGAGGCGGCUGCCGCGGUGUUAGCGGGGGCUGUGGAGGGGGUAUCUGGGGGUGAUGGGGAUUUUUCGGACCUCGAUUCUGGGUCGGGGGACGGGUCGGGGGAGGAGUCCGGGGAGGAGGAUGACUCGUUUGCAAGUCGGGAAACAGGCGAGGAUGGAGUGGCAUCGGGCAGGGAGGGUGCAGAGGAGCAGAUACCCUUGGAAGGGCUUACUGUAUCGUCAGGGGAGGGUUAGGCCCUCGAGACGGAGAUGCGUGAUACCAUCCCGAGACGGGGGAUAUGUGGAUGGAUGUAUACUAGCACACAUCAAAGGAAACG